UAGAACAGUAAUAUUGAUUGACUUACAUCGACGAUACAGACUUCUGUUUAAGGAGGUUUUUGCGGGAAAUUUUCUCUGCAAAACGUGCGUUUUGACAUUUGUUCUCAUCGUGAGUUUCAUUUCCGGUGUGUAACCGGAAAUAAAUUGUUUUAUCCCAUGGUUCAUUGGUGUCACCGCGACCUUGGCUACCACGUCAUGACACAGUGUUUGUUAUAGAGUCGAGCAUUUCUAAGAUGGCGCACCUUCUUAUAAUCUAUUGAAUUCAACCUCAUUUUAAACCACUUUUCUCGUCGGAAAAGGCUAUUUYRAAGCCAUGGCUAGUAGCAGCAGUAGUGUUAGUCGCUCGGAGUUCAUAGUUGGGGGUAAAUAUCGUCUUAUUCGUAAGAUUGGAAGCGGUUCUUUUGGGGACAUCUACCUCGCUGUCACUAUGACAAAUGGAGACGAAGUAGCUGUAAAACUUGAGUCCCAAAAAGCUCGCCAUCCUCAGCUGUUAUAUGARUCUAAGCUGUAUAAGAUUCUACAAGGAGGUGUUGGUAUUCCUUCUGUACGGUGGUAYGGUCAAGAACGGGACUAUAACGUGUUGGUUAUGGAACUUCUUGGUCCAAGCUUGGAGGAUUUGUUUAACUUUUGUUCGCGUCGCUUUACAAUGAAGACAGUUUUGAUGCUGGCCGACCAAAUGAUAAGUCGAGUUGAGUACGUUCACAAUAAAAACUUUAUUCACCGAGAUAUCAAACCCGAUAAUUUUCUCAUGGGUGUUGGUAAAAACUGCAAUAAGUUGUAUUUGAUCGACUUUGGUCUGGCUAAGAAGUACCGUGAUAGCAGAUCUAAACAGCACAUCCCUUACCGUGAAGACAAAAACUUGACUGGAACAGCUCGUUAUGCCAGCAUUAACGCUCAUCUAGGCAUUGAACAAUCCAGGAGAGACGACAUGGAAUCCUUGGGAUAUGUCCUAAUGUAUUUUAACCGCACAAGUCUGCCUUGGCAGGGUCUGAAGGCCGCUACAAAGAAACAGAAAUAUGAAAAGAUUAGCGAGAAAAAGAUGUCUACRCCGGUGGAAGUGCUUUGUAAGGGCUUUCCGGCAGAAUUCGCCAUGUACCUCAACUACUGCCGAGGUCUUCGCUUUGAUGAAGCUCCAGACUAUAUGUACCUUCGACAGUUAUUCCGAAUUUUAUUUCGCACUCUUAAUUAUCAGUAUGAUUAUAUAUUUGACUGGACAAUGCUGAAACAGAAAGCGGCGCAAGCUAGUGCUGUGAGUGGCAGCACCCCRACRAACGCCAAGAAACAAGACCACUCUUCGCAACUACCCCCUAGUUUGAUGCAACAACAAAAAGGGAUGUAUGAUGGCAUGUAUUAAGSACUUUACCCCUUGUUUAYAGUCCGAUCAUUGCUUGGUGUAGUAGAGUUAGAUCAGAGCAUUGAAGCUGUUGUACGACGCCAUAACGGAGAGCGCAGAGCCAUGACGAGAAAUAAUAGUGUACUAACUCCACGAGGUUUCUCGAGCUACAAUAACGAAAACAUGAUGUAAAUARCGUAAAAAUAGGAUUCACGAUGAACAUCGUCUUUGAGACUCUUCGGAAAAAAAACACUUUGACGAUCGAAACGGUUUCUUUUUAUAUUUAUGACCAYUUUUCCUCUCCUAGUUUGGCUUUGUUGUUACUAUUAUUAUACUCGGAUGUUGCAAGUUCUUUUGUGAUUUCACGAGAAAACAUAAGAAUGAUCACAGUUUUUGAUGUUUUUUUAUCUUCAUCUUCACGAGAUAGAACCCAUCGCAUUUAGAAUGAUUUCACUUUCUUCUUUUAACUACAUUUUAUGAAUCUUUCACAUUUCGUUAAUUUGACUGGUUCACAGAAAAUACGCUAUUAUUUUAGGAUUAAUGUUUGUUUUUCCCUCAGUGUUCAGUGUAUGUAUGACUUGAAAACUCUCGUUUUGUGAUCAUUAAAUCUAAUUUAUAUUUGUUGCGUUUUUAGUCAAUAUGUUACAGUAUUAUGGGGAAAGGAGUUUUCAAGAUGUAGACUGAAAUUUAUUUUUCUUAAUUAGUAAUAUAAAAAACCCUAGUAAURUAGAAAACCCUAUGUAAUCGCAAUUCAGAAUUUUGCUUUAGUUAUUUUGUCUAUUAAAUUUGAAAAUUGGA